AUGGCUCCCGCCGUCAACGGUGUCAAUGGCACCAAGCCCCUUACCAAUGGGACAGCCAGCUCGUGGCAAGCGAAGCACAAGGUGGCAGAUCACUUCAUUGGAGGCAACAGACUAGAAAACGCUCCCCCGAGUAAGGUCAAGGACUUUGUUCAGGAGCAUGACGGACAUACCGUCAUCACCUCAGUGCUCAUUGCAAACAACGGUAUUGCGGCAGUCAAGGAGAUCCGCUCUGUACGAAAAUGGGCCUACGAGGUAUUCGGCGACGAGCGGGCCAUCCAGUUCACUGUGAUGGCCACGCCAGAAGAUCUGCAGGCAAACGCGGACUACAUUCGUAUGGCCGAUCAAUACGUCGAGGUGCCCGGAGGCACAAAUAACAACAAUUAUGCCAACGUCGAGCUGAUUGUUGAUAUCGCCGAACGGAUGAACGUCCAUGCCGUCUGGGCUGGCUGGGGUCACGCAUCAGAAAACCCCAAAUUGCCCGAAUCUCUGGCGGCUUCGCCCAAGAAGAUCGUGUUUAUUGGUCCCCCGGGAUCAGCGAUGCGAUCUCUGGGUGACAAAAUUUCCUCCACAAUCGUCGCACAGCACGCAAAGGUGCCCUGUAUUCCCUGGUCAGGAGAGGGCGUUGAUGAGGUAGAAAUCGACCAAGACGGCAUCGUGACUGUAAGAGACGAUGUCUACGAGAAAGGCUGCGUACACUCUGCAGAAGAAGGUCUGGCGGCCGCAAGGAAGAUUGGCUUCCCUGUCAUGGUCAAGGCUUCCGAAGGCGGUGGUGGCAAAGGUAUCCGUAAAGUCGAAGACGAGACAAAUUUCGUUGAGCUUUACAACGCCGCCGCAAACGAAAUCCCUGGGUCUCCCAUCUUCAUCAUGAAGCUGGCAGGCAACGCCCGACAUUUGGAAGUGCAACUGCUGGCUGACCAGUAUGGCAACAACAUCUCGAUCUUUGGCAGAGAUUGCUCCGUUCAGCGAAGACACCAGAAGAUCAUUGAAGAGGCUCCAGUCACCAUCGCUAGCCAAGACACUUUCCGUAACAUGGAGGCUGCCGCCGUUCGCCUCGGUGAGUUGGUCGGUUACGUCUCUGCCGGUACGGUGGAAUACCUCUAUUCUCACGCAGACGACAAAUUCUACUUCCUGGAGUUGAAUCCUCGUCUCCAAGUCGAACAUCCCACCACUGAAAUGGUCAGCGGUGUCAAUUUGCCUGCUGCUCAGCUGCAGGUUGCCAUGGGUCUCCCGCUUCACCGCAUCCGUGACAUUCGCUUGUUGUACGGAGUUGACCCUCACACUUCGACAGAAGUUGAUUUCCAUUUCAAGAACGAAGCCAGCUUGAAGACCCAACGACGACCUCGUCCAAAGGGUCACUGCACGGCCUGUCGUAUCACCUCAGAAGAUCCGGGUGAGGGUUUCAAACCCUCGAGCGGUACUAUGCACGACCUCAACUUCCGUUCGAGCUCGAAUGUCUGGGGUUAUUUCUCAGUCUCCUCAAACUCCAGCAUUCACAGUUUCUCUGACAGCCAGUUCGGGCACAUUUUCGCCUAUGGUGAGAAUCGAGCUGCUUCCCGAAAGCACAUGGUUGUCGCUCUGAAGGAAUUGAGCAUCCGUGGAGACUUCAGGACUACCAUUGAAUACCUCAUCAAGCUGCUAGAGACGCCAGCUUUUGAGGACAACACUAUCACCACUGGAUGGCUCGAUCAACUCAUCUCCAACAAGUUGACAGCCGAGCGACCUGAUCAAAUGCUGGCUGUUCUUGCUGGUGCCGUGACGAAAGCUCAUAUUGCGAGCGAGUCAUGCAUCGCUGAGUAUCGCAAAGGGCUGGAGAAGGGUCAAGUGCCCGCCAAAGAUGUCCUCAAAACGGUCUUCCCUGUUGAUUUCAUCUACGAAGGUCAUCGAUACAAGUUCACUGUCACAAGAUCCAGUCUCGAUAGUUACCACGUCUUCAUCAAUGGAUCGAAGUGCUCUGUUGGCAUCCGCUCUCUUGCGGAUGGUGGCUUGUUGAUGCUGGUUGCCGGUCGAUCUCACAGUUUGUACUGGAAAGAGGAACCCACCGCCAUCCGUCUCAGUGUUGACAGCAAGACUUGCUUGCUGGAACAAGAGAAUGAUCCUACCCAGCUCCGAACUCCUUCACCCGGAAAGCUCGUGAAAUUCACCGUCGAAAACGGUGCGCACGUCAAGGCCGGCCAAGCGUAUGCAGAGGUUGAAGUCAUGAAGAUGUACAUGCCUCUCAUUGCUCAGGAAGACGGUGUUGUGCAAUUCAUUAAGCAACCAGGCGCCACUCUGGAAGGUGGUGAUAUCUUGGGUAUAUUGGCUUUGGAUGAUCCUUCCAGGGUCAAGACUGCUGAGACAUUCACUGGUCAGCUGCCAAACCUUGGACCUCCUCAGGUCGUGGGCAACAAGCCUCCUCAACGAUUCGCCCUUUUCCAUGGAAUCCUUCAAAAUAUCCUCAUGGGCUUCGACAAUCAGGUUAUCAUGGCCUCGACACUCAAGGAGUUGGUGCAAGUCCUUAGGGAUCCAGAAUUGCCGUAUGGCGAGUGGGCUGCUCGAUCAUCUGCCCUCCAUUCAAGAACUCCACAGAAGCUGGACGCUCAACUUGUGCAACUAGUUGACCGAGCACAUUCGCGCCAGGCCGAGUUUCCAGCGAAGCAACUCCAAAAGGCCAUCAACCGCUACAUUGAGGAGAACAUGUCCUCAAACGACGGAGCCGCGCUUCACGCUACCUUGCAGCCGCUUGAAGACGUUUGCGCGAGGUAUGCCGAUGGGUUGAAGAUUCACGAAUACAACGUCUUCAUUGGACUUCUCGACCAGUACUAUCAAGUUGAGAAACUCUUCGCCUCUGGCACUCCUAGGGAUGAAGACGUGAUCUUGAAGCUUCGGGAGCAGCACAAAGAUGACAUCCUCUCGGUUGUUUGGAUUGUCUUGUCCCACACUCGUGUUUCUGCCAAGAACAACUUGAUCGUGGCCAUUUUGGAUAUGUACAGACCAAAUCAACCCAAUGUUGGCAACGUUGGCAAAUACUUCAGACCAGCCCUCCGACGACUCACUGAGCUAGAAUCGCGGGCAACAGCCAAAGUUGCACUCAAGGCUCGCGAGCUGCUGAUUCUCUGCGCCCUUCCCUCUCUUGAGGAGAGAGCAUCCCAGAUGGAGCACAUCCUCAAAUCUUCAGUGGUCGAAUCGAAGUACGGAGAGACCGGCUGGGAGCAUCGCGAGCCAGAUCUUGACGUGUUGAGAGAAGUCGUGGAUUCUCGCUACACUGUCUUUGAUGUGUUGCCCCUCUUCUUCGCUCAUCAUGACCCAUGGGUUAGUCUCGCUGCUCUUGAAGUUUACGUGCGACGCGCCUACCGUGCCUACACUGUCAAGGAAGUUGAGUACCACAACGAUGUGGAGCCGCCAUUCUUCCUGUCAUGGGACUUUGUCCUUCGAAAAGUUGGACAAUCCGAGUUUGGACUGCCUCUCGCAUCCUCGUACCCAUCUGGACAGGCAACUCCCUCACAGAACGGCAAUCAGGUCAAACGCAUUGCAUCCGUCAGCGACUUGUCAUACCUCAACAAGCUUCAAGGAGAGGAUGAGCCUUCCCGCAAGGGUGUCAUUGCUCCUUGCCACUACCUCGACGAAGUUGAUGAGUGUCUUGCUCGCGCCCUUGAAGCGUUCCCCAAGGGAAGCCCUGAGAAGCGUCCCAGCACCACACAGCAUUUGAUGCCGACCCUCGAUAGUCAGAGAAGGCCGCAGAAGACCGAGACCCUCGAAGACGAGCUGACGAAUGUUUGCAACAUCGCCAUUCGCGACAUUGAAAACAUGAGCGACGAAGAGAUUCUGAGUCGAGCGCAAAGCUUGGUCGACGAAUACCGGUCAGAACUGUUGGCCCGCAAGGUCCGUCGUCUUACUUUCAUUUGUGGCCACAAAGAAGGCACCUACCCUGGAUACUUCACCUUCCGAGGCCCUACAUACGACGAAGACGUCAGCAUUCGUCACAACGAACCUGCUCUGGCCUUCCAGCUUGAACUUGGAAGAUUGUCGAAGUUCAAGAUCAAACCCGUGUUCACAGAAAAUAGAAAUAUCCACAUCUACGAGGCCAUCGGCAAGGGCGACGACAGGGACAAGGUCGUUGAUAAGCGUUACUUCACUCGUGCUGUGGUCCGACCGGGUCGUUUGAAGGAUGAGAUCCCCACCGCUGAGUAUCUUAUCUCGGAGACUGAUCGAUUGGUCAACGACAUUUGCGACGCACUUGAAAUCAUCGGCAACAACAACUCUGAUUUGAACCACAUCUUUAUCAACUUUACUCCCGUCUUCAAUUUGCAACCCAGAGACGUGGAGGAGCAGGUUGCCGGCUUUUUGGAGCGCUUCUCCCGUAGAUUCCUCCGCCUUCGAGUUACCGGCGCUGAGAUCAGAAUCCUUUGCACUGACCCCGACAGUGGAAUGCCAUAUCCUCUGCGAGUCAUCAUCACCAACACCUCUGGAUAUGUCGUCAAAGUUGAGACGUACGUCGAAAAGAAGGCGCGCAAUGGCGAAUGGGUGUUUGAGAGCAUUGGUGGAACUACCAAGAUUGGUUCAAUGCAUCUGCGCCCUGUUUCUACUCCUUACCCAACCAAGGAGUGGCUGCAGCCCAAGCGAUACAAGGCUCACAUCAUGGGCACUCAAUAUGUGUACGAUUUCCCCGAGCUAUUCAGACAGGCUAUCUACAACAGCUGGAACAAAGCAGUGGCGAAGCAUGCGCCGCUCGCUGAGUCGAAACCAGAGAUGGCGACCUGUCUUGAGUACAAUGAGCUGAUCCUUGACGACACCGAAAAUGUCACUGAGGUGUCCCGUGAACCUGGUACCAACACUUGCGGUAUGGUGGCCUGGAUUCUGACGGCCAAAACUCCAGAAUACCCAAGAGGCAGAAGAUUCAUCAUCAUUGCCAACGACAUCACCUACCAGAUCGGCUCCUUCGGCCCUGUUGAGGACAAGUUCUUCAACAUGUGCACAGAAUAUGCUCGAAAACUGGGUAUUCCUCGCAUCUAUCUUUCUGCAAACUCUGGUGCUCGUAUUGGCAUGGCCGAGGAGCUUAUUCCUCACUUCUCCGUCGCAUGGAACGACGAGUCAAACCCAAGCUCUGGCUUCAAGUAUCUUUAUUUGACUCCGGAGAAGAGAGAGAUGCUGAGCAAGACUGACAUCCUCACUGAAAAGGUUGUCGAGGAUGGCGAGGAGCGACACAAGAUCACGACCAUUGUCGGCGCUAAGGACGGACUGGGCGUGGAAUGCUUGCGUGGCUCUGGUCUCAUUGCUGGCGCUACAUCCAGGGCAUAUGAGGACAUCUUUACCUUGACUCUCGUCACCUGCCGAUCCGUUGGUAUUGGUGCCUACCUCGUCCGACUUGGUCAGCGUGCUAUCCAGAUCGAAGGUCAACCAAUUAUCCUGACUGGUGCCCCUGCCUUGAACAAGGUGCUGGGUAAGGAAGUCUACACCUCGAACUUGCAGCUUGGUGGUACCCAGAUCAUGUACAAGAACGGUGUCUCCCACAUGACUGCCAGUGAUGACUUCCAGGGUGUCGAAAAGAUCGUCGAGUGGCUGUCCUUUGUUCCCGACAAGAAGGGACAACCGGUCCCAGUGAGCCCGCCUUCAGACUCUUGGGAUCGUGACAUCACGUUCUACCCACCAAAGGGUCCUUACGAUGUGAGACAUCUGAUUGCUGGCAAGGACGAUGAGGAAGGUUUCCUGUCUGGUCUCUUCGACAAGGACUCCUUCCAGGAAGCCCUUGGUGGCUGGGCCAGAACUGUGGUCGUUGGGCGUGCUCGCCUUGGUGGCAUCCCCAUGGGUGUUAUCGCAGUUGAGACACGCACCGUCGAGAACGUCACCCCUGCCGACCCUGCCAAUGCUGACUCCAUGGAGCAAAUUGUGCAAGAGGCCGGUGGUGUGUGGUUCCCCAACUCCGCCUUCAAGACCGCACAAGCCUUGAGAGACUUCAACUUUGGAGAGCAGCUCCCAUGUAUGAUCCUUGCCAACUGGCGUGGUUUCUCUGGAGGUCAACGAGACAUGUACAACGAGGUGCUCAAAUAUGGUUCGUACAUUGUCGAUGCCCUCGUCAAAUACGAGCAGCCAGUGUUUGUCUACAUUCCUCCUUUUGGUGAGCUCCGUGGUGGUUCAUGGGUCGUCGUUGACCCUACCAUCAACCCUGAACAGAUGGAGAUGUAUGCCGACAUCGAGUCGCGUGGUGGUGUCUUGGAACCUGAGGGUAUUGUCGGCAUCAAGUACCGAAAAGAAAGACAGCUCGAGACCAUGGCCCGCUUGGAUCCCACAUACGCCGGACUUAAGGCUCAAUCACUCGCCAAGAAUUUGAGUGCUGAACAACUCAACGCUAUCAAGGCCAAGAUGACUGAGCGUGAGCAACUCCUUGGGCCUAUCUACCUGCAGAUCGCCCUUCAAUUCGCCGAUUUGCACGACCGUGCGGGCCGUAUGCAGGCUAAGGGCACCAUCCGGAUGCCUUUGGAAUGGAAGAACGCCAGACGCUUCUUCUACUGGCGUCUUCGAAGAAGAUUGUCCGAGGAGGUCCUUCUCAAGAAGCUUUCCACCAGCUUGGCAGCAGGCACAGCCCCGGUCACCACCACCAAUGGUAUGACACAGAGAGAGCAGAACCUCGCCACGCUGAAGAACUGGUCUGGUCUGCUGGAUGUCGAGUUCGAGAAGGAUGACCGUAAGGUGGCUGAGUGGUAUGAGAGCCACAGGAAGGAGGUCUAUGCCAAGAUCGAUGCCGUCAAGACUGAUGCCGUGAGCAAGCGGGUCGCCGAAUUGUUGAUGGGUAACAAGGAGGGUGGACUGAAGGGUGUCCGUGAAGUUCUGAGCCUUGUGCCCACGAGUGAGCGGGAGCAGCUGGUCAAAUACUUGACCGGUGCAUGA